CCUUUUCGGUUCAAAUUGUAUUGAUUAAGACAAUCAUGGUAGUGGAUCAUGUGGAAAUAGCAGAAGAAAGCAAUUUACAUACUGAACGAAAAUAUCAAAAGGAUGCUAAAAUUGGUGAAGGUACCUAUGCUGUGGUAUAUAGAGGAAGACGUAUAUCUGAUGGAAGAAAAGUUGCUGUGAAAAAAAUAAAAAUGGGUCAGUUCAAGGAUGGAUUGGAUCUUACCGCGAUUCGUGAAGUUAAAUAUCUUCAAGAGCUUAGACAUCCAAAUAUUAUUGAAUUAAUCGAUGUCUUUUCACACCGUACCAAUCUGAACCUUGUAUUGGAAUUUUUGAACUCGGAUUUGGAACAAGUGAUCAAGAACAAAUCUCUAUUAUUUAUGCCUGCGGAUAUCAAGUCUUGGAUGUUGAUGAUGUUACGAGGUUUAGACCAUUGUCAUCGUCACUUUAUAUUACAUAGGGAUAUGAAACCAAACAAUUUGUUAUUGACGGAACAAGGUGUUUUGAAAAUUGCAGAUUUCGGGUUAGCAAGAGACUGGGGUGAUCCAAAUAAGUGUAUGACAUCUCAAGUGGUGACACGUUGGUAUAGAUCGCCUGAACUAUUAUUUGGUGCUAAAGAAUAUUCAUAUGCGGUGGACAUUUGGGCUGUAGGUUGUAUCUUUGCUGAACUCAUGUUAAGAACUCCUUAUGUGGCUGGUGAUUCCGAUAUGGAUCAAUUAACAAAAAUCUUCCAUGCUCUUGGUACACCUACUGAAGCUGAUUGGCCUGGAUUGACAAGUUUACCGGAUUAUAUUCAAUUUAAACCAUUCCCCAAGGUACCAUUACAUCAAUACUUCACUGCGGCUGGACGGGAUGCUAUUGACUUGUUGGAAAAAAUGUUGGUGUUUGAUCCAAAUCAACGAUGGACAACGGAUGAGUGCCUUGGACAUUCUUACUUUAGAAAUAUGCCUUUACCUACCGAACCACACAAACUACCCAAAAACGAUCCUGAUAGUUAUUAGUCUUAUUUAAACGCAAAACACACACAUCUAUCUUGUAAAUUUGAUUCAUCUUUUCUUCUUGUUACUUUUCAUGAUUAUCCAUUCACACACGUAUAUAUACUACUUCCAUUUCAGUAUGAUAUUUUAUUUUUGUAUAUAUCAUUUUGUAAAAUCAAAUAAAAAAAAAAA